GCGAAAGAAAAACGUCACCACAGUCGUUCCUUACUACUGAAGUGGGUAACGCAUCUGAAUAUAAUAUCUAUUGGAGAUAACAUACUUCGUCAACAUGAAGGGUAUUAUCUUGCUGGUGCUGGGAAUAGGCCUUCUUCAUACAGCAUCUGCUGUGACUCACUCCCUGAAGUAUUUCUUCACCGCAUCUUCUGAAGUUCCCAACUUCCCAGAGUUCGUGGUUGUGGGGAUGGUGGAUGGUGUUCAGAUGGUUCACUAUGACAGCAACAGCCAGAGAGCGGUGCCCAAACAGGACUGGGUAAACAAGGCAGCAGACCCACAGUACUGGGAGAGGAACACUGGGAAUUGCAAGGGUAACCAGCAGACUUUCAAAGCCAACAUCGAUAUUGCAAAGCAGCGUUUUAACCAAAGUGGAGGAGUUCACACAUUCCAGUGGAUGUAUGGCUGUGAGCUGGGUGAUGACGGCAUCACUCGAGGAGACUGUCAGUAUGGUUAUGAUGGAGCAGAUUUCCUCAGUCUGGACAAGAGCACUCUCACCUGGACUGCUGCCAACCAGAAAGCUGUCAUCACCAAGCUUAAGUUGGAUGCUACCGGAGCUGUUGCUAACAAUUAUAAGAAUUAUCUAGAAAACACAUGCAUUGAGUGGCUUAAGAAGUAUGUCAACUUCGGCAAAGACACUUUGGAAAGGAAAGUCCGUCCCUCAGUGUCUCUGCUCCAGAAGACCCCCUCCUCUCCAGUGACCUGCCACGCGACAGGUUUCUACCCCAGUGGAGUCAUGGUGUUCUGGCAGAAAGACGGACAAGAACAGCAUGGAGAUGUGGAGCAUGGAGAGAUCCUCCAGAACGAUGACGGAACCUUCCAGAAAAGCACCCACCUGACAGUGACGCCUGAGGAGUGGAAGAACAACAAGUAUCAGUGUGUGGUUCAACUCGCGGGUAUCGAGGAUGACAUCACCAAGGUCCUGAUUGAGUCUGAGAUCCAGACCAACUUUGGAAAGACCAACAGGGGUUCAAAUGACCCAAACACUAUUGGCCUCAUCAUUGGAGGGGUGAUAGCUCUCCUGGUCAUCAUUGCUGUUGUUGGGGUCGUCAUUUGGAAGAAGAAAAACAAGAAAGGCUUUGUUCCGGCCAGCACUUCCGACACUGACUCUGAAAACUCUGGUAAAGGUAUCCAGAAGAUUUGAGAGACCUCUGCUCUUCUGUAACAUCAGAGAAGGAGCUGAAGAGGAACUUCUCAAGAACAUAACACACUUACACACACAUCAGUCUCUCACACCUGUCUCUUACACACGCACACACACACCACAGGAGGUUGGUGGCACCUUAAUUGGGGAGAGCAGGCUUGUGGUAAUGGCAGGAGCGGAAUAAGUGGAAUGAUGGUACCAAAGACAUCAAACACAUGGUUUCCAUUUGUUUAAUGCCAUUUGAUCUUCUCCGUUCCAGCCAUUAUUAUGAGCUGUCCUCUCCUCAGCAGCCUCCUGUGACACACACACUGUUAACACAGAUCCAAUAUCAACAACAAAAACUCUGCUGUCAAAAAUAUUCUUUGGUGAUUUUAAUUUGAACAGUUUUACUUUCAUUUAAUCUAUGAUUUGGCUUUUAAAAAUGUGUGCUGUAAUUGUGUUGAAUUAUCAAAUGUAAUAUUGCCAUAGACUUGUGAUAGAGUGUCUAAUGUGUGAUAGACUUAUCUAAUUCUUACAGGUAUAUUAUAAUCAAUGGAACACCAUGAAAAUGUCUUUCUGGAAAGGAUUAGAUUGUUGUGAGAUGUUAAAUUAAGAUUUUAACUUAGAUUAUUCUACAAAUAAAAUUUAAAUUAGCUUUGUUUUCCCUUAACUGAAGCCAUCAAAACCACCACAUUUAAAAGAUAUUGCUGUAAACUGGAAAAACAUAAUUCUUUUGAUUCCAUGUGUAGCGUAGCUGCACGAAUGUGUAUGUUUUGGUGGUAUAACAUACAGUAGUUGUGCGACAUGUUAGCACUUUUCUCACACUGUAACUUGUUUAAUUAUGGCCAUAAACCAGACAAGUCCUAUCCACGUGUUCCAUCUGUACAUAUUUCUCUUUUAAUGAAAGUGGCUGCAUUGUUUUAGUUUUUAGAUGUUAUGAUUUCUGAAAUGUUUUGUCUAGUAGGUUCUGUAGAAAUAAGUUGGUGAUGGGGCAAGUUGAACAAUUAUUCUAUUGCAAAUGUUUGUGCUUUGUACAUUAUGGAUGCUCCACACAAAGCAGUGAUCGACCAAAUCUAAUGCAAGUCCAGACAACAGGAUUGGAAAUGUGAUCCAUUUGAGAGGUACAUAAAUCAACCAGCCAAAAAAGACAAAUUGGAGACCAAAUGUAUGCGUUCUGUAAUAAUGUUCUUACACCUUUCAAUAAAGUCUACACAAUUUGAA